CCCCCCCGACGCGCUUGGUACGGCCCGUGCUGCCUCCUUCCCUCCCGCGGCUGGCGGCGCCCCUCCCGGUCCGAGGCGCUUGGUGCCGCCCGGGAGAACCAGGUCAUCGGUCGGUUCCCGUGAAAACAAAAACAAUCGGCGGCGCCGCGGCGGGCAUCCGAAGUCAGACAGUGGGGGCUGGAGAAGCGGCGUCGGUGGGGCGGGCAAGCGAGUGAGCGGGCGAGAGCGGCGGCGACGCGCCGGGGCCGGGGCGCCAUGGGGCGGGCGGGCUCGGGCUGCGCGGGGCUCCCCCGGCUCCGCGGCUAGCGCACCCGCCGCCACAGUCUCACGCACCGCCCGCCUGGGGGACGAGGAGCAGGACGCGGCCUCGGGGGGGCCCGGGCCGAACGGCUGCGGACCCCCGGGUGCCGAGGAGCCGGGCGCCGCGGCCUCCGGCAUGGAUCAGUGCGUGACGGUGGAGCGCGAGCUGGAGAAGGUGCUGCACAAGUUCUCGGGCUACGGGCAGCUGUGCGAGCGCGGCCUGGAGGAGCUCAUCGACUACACCGGCGGCCUCAAGCACGAGAUCCUGCAGAGCCACGGCCAAGAUGCUGAAUUAUCAGGGACGCUUUCACUUGUCUUGACACAAUGCUGUAAAAGAAUAAAGGACACCGUUCAGAAAUUGGCGUCAGACCACAAAGACAUCCACAGCAGUGUUUCUCGGGUUGGGAAAGCCAUUGAUAAGAAUUUUGAUUCUGACAUCAGCAGUGUGGGAAUAGACGGCUGCUGGCAGGCAGACAGCCAGCGGCUUCUCAAUGAGGUGAUGGUGGAGCACUUCUUUCGACAGGGAAUGCUGGAUGUAGCCGAGGAACUCUGCCAGGAAUCUGGUCUUUCUGUAGACCCGAGUCAGAAGGAGCCAUUUGUGGAGUUAAAUCGAAUAUUAGAAGCAUUAAAAGUCAGAGUUCUGAGACCUGCUCUGGAGUGGGCAGUAUCAAACCGAGAAAUGCUCAUAGCGCAAAACAGCUCCUUGGAGUUUAAGCUACACCGGCUCUAUUUUAUUAGCUUGUUAAUGGGUGGAACCACAAACCAGCGAGAGGCAUUGCAGUAUGCUAAAAACUUCCAGCCGUUUGCCCUAAAUCAUCAAAAAGACAUCCAGGUGUUGAUGGGAAGCCUCGUGUACCUGAGACAAGGGAUUGAGAACUCGCCCUACGUCCACCUGCUCGAUGCAAACCAGUGGGCUGACAUCUGCGACAUCUUCACUCGGGACGCCUGUGCCCUUCUGGGGCUGUCUGUGGAGUCCCCACUGAGCGUCAGUUUCUCAGCAGGUUGUGUGGCGCUGCCGGCUCUUAUUAACAUCAAAGCUGUGAUUGAACAGAGGCAGUGCACUGGAGUUUGGAACCAAAAAGACGAAUUGCCUAUUGAAGUUGACCUUGGUAAAAAGUGCUGGUAUCACUCCAUAUUUGCGUGUCCCAUCCUUCGCCAGCAAACAACAGAUAACAACCCACCCAUGAAGUUGGUCUGUGGCCAUAUAAUAUCAAGGGAUGCCCUGAAUAAAAUGUUUAAUGGUAGCAAAUUAAAAUGUCCAUAUUGUCCAAUGGAACAAAGUCCAGGAGAUGCCAAACAGAUAUUUUUCUGAAGAAGUGGAUUUAGUUUAUUGAUUUGUAAGUGAAACUGAAUUGUGGGUACGUUUCAAGAAGAGAGCGUUGCCUUGAGUGCAGCUCACUGAGGACCCCGUGUUUAUAUAAGCUAACGCUCCCGGAGCUUGCCAACUCGCUAGUGUGCACACCGAGGGAAGCGCCCCAGCCGAGUGUACCGUAGGGCUUUAUUAUACUCUUGGUCUUCAUUUCUGAUCAAGUAAAUACACCAGCAGUUGUCAUUUAGUGCAGGUUUUUGUACUUAAUUAUAUGGUGGUUUUUUUACAACUUCAGAGCAGAAACAGAAAAUGAGCUUCCCUCCAUGUGUUUAAUAUUCCUGCUUUAGUGUCAUUUUCUUGAUAAUUGUAAGCCUUGAGAGCAUUUGUGCAAAAUUUUGUUUUCUGCUGCUUAUGCAUAAUUAACUGAAAAAACCUUCAAAGAAAGUUUGAACAGAUCCAGUUGUGGUUGUAAACCUAAUUUGUAUUUCUGGUUUUGCUUAAAGAAGAAAGCUGUGGUAGAUCCCAAAUUUGUUUUUUGACGUUUUCCUAUGCUCCAGCUCGCGCCUAGAAUUCCACACACCUGCAUUUGAGCUCUACCUGAAGCCUGUGUAAAAUUCUGUCAUGAAUUUAGCAGGCUGGUGGGAGAAGUCUUCCACUACUUAGGUGGAAGGGGUGUUAUUGGAUUUUUUGCUUUUAUACCAAGAGGUGCUUGUUUUAAAUGCAUUCAAUAAACUGAAAUUUGGAAGUUAGAAGUGUUUCUUAAGUUGACACAUGCUCUCCUGGUCCUGGUAGCCCUGUCCUUUGAAGCCUGCCCGCAGGACCUGGCCGGCUGGCGCGGUGCGUGUGUAUAUACAGAGCUGUGCACCAGCGUCGCACGUCGUGUGUCUGGAAGGGAAAGCAUGCUCCAGGCCACAGUGCGGUGAUCACCCCGUCACCCUACGUCCUGAACGUUAGAAGCUAGCAACUUUGCUAUAGUGCAGAACAUGUUUAUUGCUGUUUUUGUGUUUGAUUAGUGUACUUACUGUUCAAUGCCGCUCUCCUGCAAAGCUUAUCAUCUCAUUGACUGUGAAUCUGUUACUCAAAUGGAUACAGAUAAUGAUCUUUUUUUGGUGAAGUAUCUUCAUUUAAUGCACUCUCUAGGAAGAGCUAUGUAAAAGAGACUUUCUCUGUAUGAGGAACUACAUGGAAGACUUCAGUGGAUGUAAUUCUGACUUUGAAGACCCAUGAAGUGGCUUCAUUGUAAGAAAAAUGUUACAUGGAAAUCACCAAAUACUUACUUUAUUUCAUCUGACGUGGAACUGAGUAUCAAUAUAGGAACACUUUCAUGCAAAACUGAAAAAAGAAGAAAACAGAAGCAGAGAAAAGCGUGCUCCUUUUAGGCCACAGAUGGACUUAAUUUAAGGGAAAAGGGUGCACAGCAGAUUUGGUGCUAAGUUAAUCGCACAUUGGCAACACCCACAGUCACCGGCCCAGAUGGUUUGUGCUGAAAUGUUUACCUGGGAGAGCUGGGCUUCACUGGGGAGGGGGAGGGUACCGCAGAGACUUCCCGUGGAGUGCCGCAUGGUCGGGUUCGUGUUGAGGGCUGCUCGGUGCUGUGAGGUUUGCCAGGACUCUGGACUGGCCCAGGUCGGAGUGUUGGCUCUGUGCAGGCUCAGUCUGGCCCACAGUGACUUCUGCUUCGCUGUUGGAACCACCUGUAAAGUCCCCCUGUACCAAAGCAGUGACAGAAGAGACUGAGACAAGCUCCUGGACCGCGAAAGAGAAGGGAGAGGAUGCCAGGCAGUACUCUGUUGAGGGUAUAAACUGGUUUACUUAGAUACUUUCUCCUUUGAAUUGAAUUCUAGAGUGUUUUGUUUUUGUUUCUUAAUUUCUUUCUCCCUAGGCCAAGUUUAGCUUGAUUCACAUCUUAUUCUUACCUUUGCACCUCACGCAUCCACCCAACCAUGAGGCUUCAUGUAAGGUUUGGGCAGUACAGUUGUGCUCUAGAGGCUGGUGGUAAAUAUUUGGGCAGCAAGACCCUUCACGCGGUUGGCUCAGGCCACUUUCAGGACAAAGGCUAGAUUCCUGCUGUAUCCCUCUCCUAGUGUGGGGAAUCCAUUCCCGGUGCAGCUCAUGAAACUUAACAGUGUGCUGGGUACGGUCCUUGUGUACCACACUGGGCAGGAAGAGAGCCAAAAAAUGGAAAUUUUUGGUCUGAUAAUUUACCAUGAAAGUUAUGUCUUGUAACCUUCAAGUACAUGGACACUUAAAACAUAGCAGAGACGAGAUAUAUAGGAGAGGUGGGUUCAGAGAGGCCAGAGCUUAAAACCAAAGAUGCUGAGGCACAACAUUCUGUCCUUCCUACUCUAGAGAGCCUUCACAGGUGGGGCCAUGACCGCAUCGUUGCUGGAGCAUCCCAUGUCAGGAGUGUGGGGGAUGCUCUGUCUCUUUCUGCCUCCACUCGAAAAAGGUAAUCGUAAAGACAAGGCUUUUUACAGUCAGAUGAAUUAUGUCCACUGGAAAUAAUUUCAGAAUGGUUUCUUCAACAUCUGGGAGCCGUUUCAGUUUACCAGUAGUGGACAGAGGCUGUGGGACUAUUCUUGACCCAUAAAACCUUUGAGCAAGUCUUUAGAUUCUGGCUUAGCCAGAACAUCUAUAUGUUCAGGUGUACCCUUCACCGUGGCUAAGAUUAUCUUUUUGAGCUUUUUCCUCCUUUGCGUUAAUGAUCACAGAUGCCAUUUCUGUUUUAUUGACGAUUAUAUAAGACUUCUAAUACAAAAAUGAACGGGUAAUGGUGCCUCUUUAUUUAAAAGUUUUAAGAAAAGAGCCACCUCAUAUUCAUAGUGUGUAUUUUGUGAAUGUGUGAGCUUUUAACUGAAAAUAAGGAUGUUAUGAAGUAAAUCUUUUUGUUUUAAAUUUUCUAUACUGGCUGAGAUAUAUAGACACUAAAACCCACACCAAAUCAUGUGGGGAUGAGGAUCUUGUUUUUGUUUAAUUUUUUUCUCUCCAGUUAGCUCCAUAGGUUGUGCAGUUCAAGUUCAGUAUUCUUUGUACUGUUAAAUUAUUUCCACCUCAGUGGUGUUGGGCUUCGGGACAGUCUUCUAACAAAGACUAAGAACUCUUGAUUUGUCGGAACAAGGCAAGCUGCUGGUACGACGUUAGCCCUCUGGUGUUCCAGCUCAGCCUCUGAUAGAGUGGACUGUCGGCCACACUGGUCAGUCUUUUUAGUCAGCAGACUCAGGUUAUAUUCGGGGCAGGUUUGGUUAGUUUCAUCACAAGGAUGUUUCUGUCAGGUGAAGACUAAAACCAAGUCCCCGUCGUCAUUUAACCCCGCUCGCGUUGUCAUCUCUGGUGAUGCCAGGACACUGCGGCCUUGGGGGUGUUAGCCAGGAGCACGAGGGAGCCUUGGGGUUCCGCGAGCCUGCCCCGC